CAUGUACAAAGUUCAUGUACAAUCGUUCAAACUGCGACUGGACUUUCUCUGGUUUACUUUUUCAUAUAAUUUAAAGUAAUUUAAAAACUCACUACUGUAUAUAUACAUACGCAUGCGUAUGCGCUCCACAUUUUAGUUGGGUGAAUCUUUCCCACGCGGCGCUACAAGCUUUGUACCGACUUUAAAUACGUGAGCUUGGACAUCCUGGUUUUUGGUACACCUCGUCUGUCAUCAAACUGCUAUCAUCUGAAAUCCAUUUUUCAUUGAAUUUACUGUUAUUAUCGGCAAGAAUUUUUUUUGUAAAUCUGCUCGUUCACGAUUCAUAGUUGAAAGUAGUAUUCGAAAGAAGUAGCAAUUAUGGAAACUGCUCAGUCUUUGUACCUUAACCUCUUCGGCGACGAUAAGAUUCACGCUUUGAAAGAAUUAUUGCAUGCCUGCGUGGAUGAAAUAUGUGGUCGACCAGGCCCAUCUUAUCACAGGUUUGCGAAUAGCGUUGUAUGGAGCAGACAAGAGUACGAAGACACAUACAAAACGAUAUCGAUACUUUUGCGGAAUCCUGCUUGCUUAUAUUUGAUAGACGAGAAGAUGCCUCAGGAGUAUCACGAAUUGCCAGAACCUAUUCAACAAAAUUUAUUAACGUGUUUGAAAGCGCGAAGAGAACAGUUGACCGACGCUUUGUUGAAAGAGCACUCGAAAGAAAAGUAUGAAACGCUAAUCGAUUUCGAUUGGAGAUUAAAGCUUAUAAUGGGUUCCAGUAAGUUGUCUUCUUUAAGAGAAUCUCUUCUUCAGUUGGACCUUGUCGUGGAAAAUAGGGACGCGAAACGUAUUCUGAGUUUAGAAUUAAAUAAAGAUGAAUUGGAAACGUUUAUAAGUGCCGUAGAAACUGUUGCAUGAUCAAUAAUGUAUAUAAAGCGACGUUGGACAAGACCGAUUUCUUAUUUAUCGUUAAUAUAAGUUUAAUUGUUACAAGUUUCUUCAAAAGUGAAAUAAAGACACAUUCUUUUACA